GAGUUUAUGAACUCUAAACCAUAAACUCAUCCUCAUAUCAAAAACAUGGCGACAUUGAAAACAACAAUCUUCAUCAUCUUUGUUCUCUAUAUCUCAUGUACAUUGUUUGCGAAUAUCUUUGGAGUUCAAGCCGAUGCAUCAUGCUUGACAAAAAGAGAGUGUGAGAGGCGAUGUUCCGAUGACGAGGCACAGUGUAUUCGUGGACAGUGCCAAUGUCCGCACCUAAAAGUCGAGAUUGAGCCGACCAAGGCGAUACGAUGCAAGACCGAUCGUGAUUGUCCUGAUUCUCAUCAAUGCCCUAAAGAUUAUUAUUAUGCAUGCCUUAAUAAUGGAGAAUGUACUUGUAUCUCUAUUUGAGAAACCUUAAACCGUGAUUGUUCUGAUUCUCAUGAUCAAUGACCUUAAUCUAAUAUAAUAUUCUAAACCUUAAAAUUGAA